UCGACUUGCGGACUGGAGGAGCCGGGAUCGAACCACCGAUUAGUGGACGACCCGCUCUACACCCUGAGCAUCAGCCGCCCGUUAUAUCCAAUGGUUAUAUCUAUGGCUGGAACGUUACUGCUGAGCUUCUGCUGCUAGAUUUAGGACCAACCUGCUGAGAACAGUGACUCGGCAAUGCUCACUAGGAACCCAGCAAACUACAAGAAAGAACUUGUAUCUUGGCCAAGCAACUGGUUCAUGGUGGGAUGGACCUCAUUGACCGCCUGCUCAGGAACACAAAUGAAACCACCGGUUGCCACGGCAACCAAUCAUGGACUAUGACAAUUCAUGACACCCUGAGCACCGAGGGAAGUGCUGCUGAUGACUUCCUGGACUCCCUGCUGGGUGGAAGCGUUUCCUCCUCGGCUCCAGCGUCCCCCCUGUGGUCACCCUGCACCACUGACAGCGGCAUCAACGAGGACACCCUGACAGAUCCCAAAGACAGCUUUCACCCGCCCUUCUGCACAGCCUUUCCAGCCUUUGAUACGCAGUCUUUCCCUCAGCCUCCAGCUCCAGAGUACAAGCCACCACCAAAUGUAAAGACGUCUGACGUUUCCAUUGAUCUAGGCUGGGAGUCCGAUGACCUCCAGGAGCAGUUGGGCAUUGCACACUACCUCACUACGAGCCAAACCUCCCCUCUGUCGUCCAGUCAGGCUCUCACGGUGAAAGACCUGCUGCUUUCCAGUCCGGGACAGACAGCGCAGCGAUUCCCCCAGCAUUCCUUGCAAGAGCUUGUUCUUAAUGAGGAUGAGAAGAAGCUUCUGGCUAAAGAAGGGGUGAACUUACCCAGCAAACUGCCCCUGUCCAAGUUUGAAGAGAGGGUUCUGAAGAAGAUCCAGCGGAAAAUCCGCAACAAGCGCUCAGCUCAAGAAAGUCGGAAGAAGAAGAGGGAAUAUGUUGAAAAUCUGGAGGGAAGGGUGUCUGCAUGCCGUGCUCACAACCUCAAGCUGCAGGGAAGGGUCCAGCAGUUGGAGGAGACCAACAAUGAUCUGCUGGAGCAGCUAAGCCGGCUACAGGCUCUCCUUCCUAACAGCUCCAGCAAAACAGCACAGAGAGGGACCUGCAUCCUGGUUUUGCUGCUCUCCUUCUCCCUGCUCAUAUCCUCAAAUCUUCAGCCAGACCCCUACAGCCAACCCAGCCAGGAAGAGUACACCCAGACCAAAGUGCCGUCCCGCACCCUGCAGUCGAUGGAUGAAGGGCGAGACGUCGCUCCUCUUCCUCUCUUCUCCGUAUCCAGGGGCUUUGAGGCCCUGUGCAAGCUGAUGGGCGGAUCUCCCUGCGGUAGAUUUCCAAUCGUCUCACCACCACAAGCACCGGGACAAUCACUGAUCUCCUCGGGACCCCCAGGAGGAAAGACGUAGUUAAAGAAAAGCAGACUUGCUUGCAGGCGCGGCAUCUAAAUGAGCAGUUUGAUUGCGUUUCAGCAUCUAUUUCUUACUGCAGAGACUGAGUGAGGUGUUAUGUUGUGUUUGCCAUCAGCUCAAAA